AUUUGCCUACAAUGCCACAACAAUAUCCACCUGGAGCUGAGAGCAGCUGGAGAGAGCCAGAUACAGUGAAAAAAGCCAGACAAAACCCUAAUCGAAGAGAGCCAGACACGGUGAAAAAAGUAAGACAAAACCCUAAUCCGAGAGACAGAGAAAUGGGUUUGGAGAGUGUUGAAGAUCUAGCUUUGAACAAAAUUUUAUCAAAAUUAGACUCAAAACACACCGCUAUUGUUGCUUGUGUUAACAGAAGGUUGAGGAAUUCUGCCUCUGAAGAUUCUCUCUGGAGCAAAAUCUGCAAGGAUGAACUUGAUCUUCAUUCCCCCGUUGAUCUUCAUGGCAACUCUCUUCCCUCCUUUAAGGAGACUUACCAUACAUGGCGGGAAUCUUUUAAUAUGUAUCCCUGGCCUCUUGUUAAACGUGUUAAAAGAUGUUGGGAUAGACUUAAAAACUGGUUGACUAUCAACCUUCCAGAGGCAAAGGCUACACUUCGAAGGGGUGCAUCAGAAGCAGAUAUCCAAGAGUUAGAGAAUAUUUUGAAAGUGAAGUUGCCUCUCCCCACAAGGAUUCUGUACCGCUUAUGUGAUGGUCAGGAAUGCUCAGCUAAUGAUUCUGAUUGUCUAGUUGGUUUGGGUCUUAUUGGUGGCUACUGUUUUUAUGAACAUUUGGUUAAUGUGUACUUGUUGCCUUUAAGUCAAAUAAUCAUGGAAACAAGGGAGAUUACAGGUGGCUUAUCUUUUAACAGCAGAUCUAAAUAUAUCCUUGUGGCAGCUUCUUUGACAUCUAGCUAUAAGUUUUUCUUCCUCAACUGUACCGAUGGCCAACUCUAUGUUGGUACUAGGAAUUUUCUUCCAGAUGGAGAAAUGCUUCCAUGCGUUCCAAAUAAUCUGAUAAAUUUGCAAAAUGCUAGCAGUGAUCAGCAGCAGGAUGCCAUGCUACUAUGGUUAGAAGAGCAUGCCCGACGCUUAGAAAAUGGGAUCAUCAAAAUUCGUAAAGAAGGAAAUAUCCGAAGUAUUAACCUCUUUCCUGAAAAACCUCCCCUCUGUUCCACUGCUAUAACCAAUGGUGUGAGGGUUCGUGCCUCUUCUGUAUUUAUUCCGGAGGCGGCUAACCUUCGAGGUCAUAAUGAGAAGUACUUGUUUGCAUAUUCAAUCCGCAUGUCCCUCAUGCCUGAAGGAUGCGUCAUUGGUGGCAUGAAUUUCAGCUCCUGCCAGCUGCACCAGAGGCACUGGGUUAUUCGUGCUAAUGAUGUUGUAGUUUCGGACGUUAAUGGAGAGGCUGUGAUUGGAAUGUUUCCCCUCCUGCGUCCAGGGGAGGAAGAAUUUGUUUAUGAGAGCUGCACACCUCUACCAACUGCAUCUGGUUCUGUCAGAGGUUCUUUUACAUUUGUCCCUGGCAGAUUGAGAGACCCGAAAGGUGGUCCAUUUGAAGCCGAGGUGGCAGAGUUCUCCCUCUCUUGGCCAGACUACAUCUUCUAAGAACCAUGGACAUGAUUGACUGAACCUGCGGAAACUGACUUCCUUCCACUCUGUCAAUGGAAUGAAGGUCCAGGAGACAUCGUUUGUGUGGCAUGUAUGUAUGCAGCUGACAGCCUUCUGGAUAGAUUGUGCAAAUGUUAACUGGGCAAGUAGUCCCUUCUUAUGAACCUGGAUGGUCCUUUCUAUUUUCUUUCCAGAUUUGCCAGAUUGAGUGUUGUGAAGUAUUAGUAACUUGUUGCUGCUUGUUUGGACUGAAAAGCUCUUUGUGUUUCAUGAAGUGAUUUGUUUGAAGUAAUUUUAGAAUCACUUUUAGUGCA